GUUCCCAAGGGGAUUUGGUUUGUGGGUUUAUCUGCUGUGAUGUGAUGUGAGGCGAUCAGUCUGGGAAAUGACCCUGAAGAUCACCACACAGAUUAUGGAACAUUCUCCCUAUUCCAAUGAACCACAGCACAGGCAAGGCAGGUCUCCACAACAACGGCCUGUGAUACAUCAUCGGGGGGAGCAACUCGCCAAAUCUCGCGACCUCAAGCAAGAUAACGGAACUCGUCUUCUGCGGAUAUGCAGAACGUGAGCAAGUAUGUGCGUGACCAUACUACAUAGGGCCCCGACCGCAUUGUGUGUGCGUGCCGGAGGAGGCUAAUGCCCGCGGUAGUGUGGUCAGGGCCAGCGGAGGAUGAGCCCGGCCGUGGAGGAUCAGGCCCAGGAGGAAAAGGAAAAGCAGCAGAGCCAGCUGCAGCACCAGGACUGCUACAUGGAGAAAGGGGUGAUGCUUGAGCCCUUCAUACACCAGGUGGGGGGGCAUUCUUGCGUCCUGCGCUUCGGGGAGGAGACCAUCUGCAAGCCCCUCAUCCCCCGAGAGCAUCAGUUCUAUAAGAGCCUGCCUGCGGCAAUCAGGAAGUUCACCCCCCAGUACAGAGGUGUGGUGUCGGUGAGCUUCGAGGAGGAUGUUGAAGGGAACCUUUGCCUGUUCGCCUACCCCCUCAUGAGCAACCCAGCAGGAGAACUGGAGAACAAGGAUCGGUCGACCGACUGCAAGCACAAGAGCAAGCUGAUCAAGUGGGGUAAUAUGGUGAAGUCCUCACUGCUCAUGGACAGCGAAAAUUACAUUGAAGAUGACGGAAGCAAAGACGAGGACAAGAGUGUUCACAAGCUGCAGGAGGAUGUGGACCUUGAGGUUCUCUACUCCAGUCAGGAACACCCUCACAGUAACGCUGUCCCGCAGCCCAAACACAACCCCUGGAGUCUCAAGUGUCACCAGCAGCACCUACAGAGGAUGAAGGAGAACGCCAAGCCCCGUACCCAGCACAAAUUCAUCCUGCUAGAGAACCUGACAUGGAAGCACAGAAUGCCGUGCGUGUUGGACCUGAAGAUGGGCACACGGCAGCAUGGAGACGAUGCCUCGGAUGAGAAGAAGGAGAUGCAGAUUCGCAAGUGCCAGCAGAGCACUUCAGCCUCAAUAGGAGUCCGUCUGUGUGGCAUGCAGGUGUACCAGUCCGACACAGGCCAGCUGAUUUUCAUGAACAAGUACCACGGCCGUGAGCUGCCCCUGCCUGGCUUCAAAGAGGCUCUGUUCCAGUUCUUCCACAGCGGACAGCGUCUGCAACAUGAGCUCCUCUCCCCGGUGCUGCACAGGCUCAGGGAGAUGCAAGCUGUCCUGGAAGCCUGCGAAUCCUACCGCUUCUACUCCAGUUCUCUGCUCAUCAUCUACGAUGGCGCGCCCCACCGUAAACACACACGCCGGCGCUCUAAGGUUCAACACUCUGAUGGAGAAGAUGAUAAUGAGGAAAAUGAGGAGGUGGAGGCUGAACCCGACUUGGAUGAGUUGGAGGAAGAGGAGAGUGAAGUAGCAGGUGCGCUUGGUUUCCCUUACAGCCCCUCGACGUCUAGUGACAUCAGCAGCAGGUGCUCCAGCAGCAGCAGUGGGAGCUCGGAUGUCAGCCUGACCCACUCAGACCCCCUCAGCCCCGCUGUGGAUGUGAAGAUGAUAGACUUUGCCCACACCACCUGCAGACAUUUCCUGGAGGACAGCGUGGUGCACGAGGGCCAGGACAGCGGCUACAUCUUCGGUCUCCAGAACCUGAUCACCAUCAUCUCUGAGCUGGAGAACUACAGCACAGUUUAAAGCCAGGCAUGACACACAAAUUCAGAAACAGAGGCACAAUGACACAAAAAUGUGGAAGAACUGGACUUUUACUUAUAGUCUGUCUCUCUGUCUGUCUGUCUGUCUGUCUGUCUGUCUGUCUGUCCGUCUGCCUGCUGCUAUCUCUGAUCCCAGAGCUGCAGGAUCCAGACGAUUAUUGUUAUUAUGUAAAUGUAAUGGUUACACAACUGUUCCUGGUCUCUCUCUCCUCCCACUCCCCUUCUCCUUCCCCUCUCUUCUCUCCUCUCUUCCCAAUUGGUUCUCCGCUCACCCUAACUGGUCGAGCCAGAUGGCCGCCCACAUUGAGUCUGGUUCUGCUAGAGGUUUCUUUCAGUUAGAGAGUUAGAGUUUUUUCUCUCCACUGUUGCCAAAGUACUUGCUCAUUGAGGGAACUGUCGGUUUUCUCUAUAAUUUUUAAGGUCUCAACCUUAAUAUGUUAAGUGCCUUGAAAUAAUGGGUUGUUUGAUCAUGUCAUAAUUUGGCGCUGAUAAAUAUUUUAAUUGAAUUGACUACAGAGGUGGAGAGAGAUUCCUCCUCUCCUUGUUGUAGCUGUCCUUCGAAGUGACCCCUUUCCCGUUGGUGCUUGUUGACGUUCCUGUCGUGCGUGUCGAUCUUCGGGAUAUGACACACACCUGUGUGUAAUUUAGAGCAGCCGUCUAUAUGACUGAGACAGUGAUUUAACCAUUGUCAUCGUUCUGUUUUAACCCCCCUCACUGUUAGGAAAAAAGAGUAGGCAGUUUGAAGUCUGAGACAGAAGAAAUGUUUUUGUUAUGUCUUAUUCCAAAGAAAGUGUCAGCGUUUUGCACACACAAACAUGCACAUAAACACAUUCUGCUGAAUGUGUGUUUGUUUGGAUCGAGACAGGGCUAUCUGAGGGAGCAGGAGUUGUAUGUGUACGAAGACAGAGUCGAUGGGAAGAAAGGUAGUGAGCUCACACUCUGUCAUUCUUCUCUUUUGCCUGUUCAUUCUGCCAUCCUUCCUCCCUGUUCAUCUUCACUCAAAGAGAAUAUAUUCAUAUAGUGAUCAGAGACAGAGGAUAUAGUUAUUUAUUUAUUUGACAUGUUUCAUAAAAUAAACUAAAUUUAAAAAAAGAAUGUGGAUGGAGUGUACUACAUUCCAUAUUAUUAAUGUUAAAAUAAUGAUAUUGAUUAAUAUUGUUAUUUGACAUGUUUGGAUACCUCUAUCUUGUAUAUGUCUUGCCCACAGUCUGUUGGAGGAGAACAUUAAAGCCUUUGCUUUGUGCUAAA